AUGCUUCGGGCCUGGCGGGCGCCGGCGCUGGCGCGGGCCCGGCCCGGGGCCGCCCGGGGCUGGGCGCGCUCCGCCGCCUCGGAGGCCGCGGCCGAGAGCCGGGAGGACUCCCGGUACCGGGACACGGUGUUGCUGCCGCGCAGCCGCUUCCCCGCGCAGCUCCCGGGACGGCUGCAGCCCGAGACGGAGCUGAAGACGCAGCAGAAAUGUGGUUUUUCAGAACUGUAUUCAUGGCAAAGGCAAAGGAAGACAAAACAGGAAUUUUGUCUGCAUGAUGGACCACCUUAUGCCAAUGGAGACCCUCAUGUUGGCCAUGCAUUAAACAAAAUUUUGAAAGACAUCACCAAUCGCUUCCAUGUGAUGAGAGGCUAUAAAGUGCAUUAUGUGCCAGGGUGGGAUUGCCAUGGGCUGCCAAUUGAGUUGAGGGCACUGUCAGAAGUCAAAGGAGCUGAAAAUCUUUCACCGAUGGAAAUUCGGCAGAGAGCCAGAGCAUUUGCAGAAAGAGCAAUUGAGAAACAGAAAUCUGCCUUCAUUCGUUGGGGUGUGAUGGCAGAUUGGGCCAACUGCUACCUUACAUUUGAUCCAAAGUAUGAAGCAAACCAGCUGAGAGUCUUCCACAAGAUGUAUGAUAAGGGUUUAAUUUAUCGUGACUAUAAACCUGUGUUCUGGUCCCCUUCAACAAAAACAGCCUUGGCUGAGGCAGAACUCGAGUACAAUGAGCAGCACAUCAGUCGCUCUGUGUACAUGAAAUUUCCGCUGCUGAAGUCGCCGCCUAAGUUGACUUCUAUGAUAGAUGGAUCAUCCCCUGCUAGUGUGCUAGUCUGGACCACGCAACCUUGGACUGUGCCAGCCAAUCAAGCAGUUUGUUACAUGCCAGACUCAGUAUAUUCAAUUGUAAAAUGUGCAACGACUGGACAACACUUCAUCCUUGCUGCAGAUAGAGUUGAAUCUACAGCUGCUGUUCUGGACACACAGUUUGAAGUUGUAUCAACAUGUAAAGGUGCAGAUUUGGCAGAUGGUUCUUGUGCUCAUCCCACCAUUCCUGGCAGAGUCUCUCCCCUGUUACCUGCAAAUCAUGUGACAAUGACAAAAGGGACAGGAUUAGUUCACACAGCCCCAGCUCAUGGUAUGGAAGAUUACAGCGUAGCUUCCCACCAUCAGCUACCCACGGAUUGCCUUGUGGACGAAAGUGGGUAUUUUACAGAAGCAGCAGGUUCUGAACUUAAAAACAAGAAUGUCCUUGAAGAAGGGAACGAAGCUGUCAUUAAGAUGCUUCAAGCAGCUGGGAGUUUGUUAAAAGAGGAGAAAUAUGUGCACAGUUACCCCUAUGACUGGAGGACUAAAAAACCAAUUAUUAUUCGUGCCAGCAAACAGUGGUUUGUAAACACAGCAGAUGUGAAGGCUGCAGCACAGGAUGUGCUGAAAAAAGUGAAAGUGAUCCCUACAUCUGCAGUGAACAGGAUGCUGGAGAUGCUGGACAGAAGGACGUUCUGGUGCAUAUCACGGCAAAGAUGCUGGGGUGUCCCGAUUCCUGCUUUUUAUCAGAAGAGCACGGGAGAAUGCUUGAUAAACAGUGAAACCAUCACAGAUGUCAUCAAAAUAGUGGAGCAGCAAGGGACAGAUGCAUGGUGGGCCCUCCCUAUCGAAGAACUCCUAUCAAAAGAGGCUGUAGCAAAGGCUGGUGGUCGUGAUGUUUCGGAUUAUGUCAAGGGACAGGAUGUCCUAGACAUUUGGUUUGACAGUGGAACUUCCUGGGCUCAUGUUUUGGAAGGUGCAGAUCAAAGAGCAGAUACAUACCUUGAAGGAAAAGACCAGCUGGGAGGUUGGUUUCAGUCCUCUCUCUUAACCAGUGUGGCAGCAAGGAAAAAGGCACCAUACAAGACUCUGGUGGUUCAUGGCUUUACUCUUGGCGAGAAAGGGGAGAAGAUGUCCAAAUCUGUUGGCAACGUGGUUGACCCUGAUGUCGUCAUCAAUGGAGGCGAAGAUCAUACCAAGGAUCCUCCAUACGGUGCUGAUGUUCUCCGCUGGUGGGUGGCAGAAUCCAAUGUUUUCACAGAGGUGAUGAUUGGGCCUGUGGUGCUCAAUGCUGCUAGAGAUGACAUCAACAAGCUCCGGAACACGCUACGCUUCAUGCUGGGAAACGUGGAGGGCUUCAACCCAGAGACAGAUUCCAUCUCCCCAGCAGAGAUGUACAUAGUGGAUCAAUACAUGCUGCAUUUACUGCACGAAUAUGGCAGCAAGGUUACAGAAGCCUACAAACAAUAUGAGUAUAGCAAAGUUGUUCGACUGCUGCAAGCAUUCUGUUCCAGAAGCUUGUCUAACUUCUAUUUCAGCAUGAUCAAGGACAGGCUCUACUGCGAAGAAGCAAAGGAUCCUAAGCGUCGUUCGUGUCAAACCGUGUUGGCAGAGGCUCUGGACAUCGUCGUCCGCUCCUUUGCACCCAUCCUGCCCCACUUGGCAGAAGAGGUUUUCCAGUACAUCCCUUACAAGAAAGACUCAGAGGGUGUGUUUCGUACUGGCUGGAUUAAUGCAAGCUCAGCAUGGAAGAAGCCUGGCAUUGAGGAAGCAAUAGAAGGUGCAUGUGCAAUGAGAGACUCCUUCCUUGGGUCCAUCUCUGGCAAGAAUGCUUUGGAAUAUGAAGUCAUCAUUGUAAUUGAGCCUGGAUUGCUGUUUGAAUUAAUGGAGGCACUGCAGGCAGAAGAAACUUCCAGUGUUUCCCAGCUGAAUGAAAUAAUGAUGGCUUCCCAGACAACCCUGCUGAGCGAGCUCCCCAAAGAAACACCUUCAGAUGCAAACAUCAUAAAAGGGACCUUCCUGAUUAACUUGGAAGGUGGUGACAUCUGUGAACAAUCUUCAUACAAAGUUAUAGCCCGACCCAUUGCCAAAGCAAAAUGCCCUCGCUGCAGGAGAUACACGGCCGAGUCCUCAAGCACUCCCUGCCCACGGUGCCUCCAAGUCCUUGCUGCUGGAAAGGGGAGCACGUGAAGACAAAAUGCCUAUGCAAAAGCUGCUCCAAAGUGGCUGAAGCAGCAGGUCUGCAUACUGGAACCUGUAGAAGCAGAUGCUUAAGCCCCAGCCUGAGCAGGAGUAUCAUGUAUUUUGGGGAACCUUAUGUGUGUGUGUGUAUAUAUAUAAAUAUAUAUAUAUAUACACUACUUCUGUAUAUCACUUUUCAGCUCAAUAAAAAGGGUGGUUAAAAAUAA